AGCUGGGAGGGGCGUGGUAUCAUGAGUGCAGCAUAACAAAGAAGGCUGAGGACUUCCUCAACCAUGUUGCCUUCAGAUAACGUGGGCACCGUGAGAAUUAUGAUUCAACUAUACACCAUAUUCAGUGAUUGGAAGUAAAAAAAAUUACGCUAGUGACAAAGUUCUGUUUAGCAAGCUGUUUCAGCCUCUACUUGACACCAAUCACAGUAAAAGAGCAAUAAACUAUGCCAUAUUGGGCCGUUCAACUACCACACUUUAAUAUCUGACGUUUCACACUUCCACAGUGAACGCAGCGUAGUGUCCUUGCGAUGGCGUCCACGAGAAAGGGCUCAAGAUGUGUCAGCGGCAGCUAGUAGAGGCACUUCCUGUUGCAAGCUCCGCUGCUGCGGGAAGUUGUGCCACUGUGUGGGAGAGGUGCUGUGGCGGUUUAGCCUUUAUUUGACAAUAUGUGACAAAGCAUUAAGGUCCUUGAAGGUAUGACUGUUGGUAGUUGUAAUUGGUUUAGUAAAAAAAACGCCGAAUUGUAAUAGUAUGGCUACUCGUUUUUAUUAAACUAAGCUAAAGUAGGCUAACAUCAGUUAACACUUGUUGCCAUGGCAACUACACCAGCAGACUAAACUGGUGGAUGAGCGGCUAUGCUAAGGAAGACAUGCGUCAUUGACCCAUUUGAUGAAUGCUAUGCUAUGCUAACGAAGACAAGUGUCAUUGACCCAUUUAGCCACAAGAGGGAUUUUACCUUUAGGUGAGCACUUCUGUGAGGAGUAAACUAAUGCAGGGCACAUAUGUGUUCUGCAUGAACACGUGUUUUUAGCUCUUCAUCUGUCAGGCUAUGGUCAGGCUUUAGUGGUUUGUAUUGAUGUUCAGCUGGUUUUCUUCCUGCUGGUGUAAUGUUCUGUGUGACACACACAAAGAGGAAGUGGUGUUACUAAAUAUCUUCAGCUUCCUGUUUGCUGAGGAAGGAGGAAAUGGUUUAUCUGACAGAGGAAGGAGGAACCACAGAGGGACUAACUCUUCAGACCAAUAGACCAGUUCAAACCAGUCUGCUGCUGGUUGAACAUGAUGAAUAAUGCAGCCUGGAGACAUCCCAUAAUACGGUGACAGGUUGUGUUGAUUCUUACUCAAACAGAUGUCAGUGAACACAACACACAAGAUGCAUUCAGGGCCCAAUGAGACAUUUAGAUUAUGAAUGAUACGUGUGUGUACUGAUACCUGUUGGUGUGUGUACUUAUACCUGUCUGUGUGUCCUUCAGGUGUGCGCUGCUGGCCUGUAAACCUGGACGUCUCUGUUCUGGACCAGCAGCUGAAACUCUUUGUGUCGAGACACUCGGCCUUCCUGUCGCAGGAUGUCCCAGGACAGAGGACUCUGCAGCACCGCGGAGACGUUCUGGACACUCGGGUUGUUGUGAAUCCAGCUCACGACUUCGUCUGCUCCGAGGUACGGCGGCUCGUCUGUGAUCCAUCUCCUCACAAACUUCUGGUUCUGGCCGGUCAGUGUUUGGAAGAGUCCGGAGACAUCGUGUUCCAGAGAGGCUGCUUCUCUCUCAGAGACCUGAUCCACGUCUUUGAGGACGAGGAGGUUGGACAGAUGUUGAGUUCUACAGACCCGGUGAUGAAGGCCCGCCUCACCCUCAGCUGUCCAGAUGUUGGUCUUUGGAAGAACUCUGAGUUAGAGAAACACAACCUGCAGGACUACAUCCAGAUCAACCCGCCCCCCGUCCUACCAGAGAUGGAGGGUCUGCAGGAGUUCACGGAGUACCUGUCCGAGUCUCUGGAGCCCGAGUCCCUCUUCGACCUCCUGGAGCCCCCGAGCACCGUGGGCUUCCUGAAGCUCUCUCGGCCGUGCUGCUACAUCUUCCCCGGAGGGAGGGGGGACUCGGCCUUCUUUGCCGUUAACGGUUUUAACGUCCUGGUGAACGGUGGCUCAGAUACCCGCUCCUGCUUCUGGAAACUGGUUCGGCACCUGGACAGAAUCGACUCGGUGCUCCUAACUCACGUCGGCGUGGACAAUCUCCCCGGGCUGAACAGUCUGCUGCUGAGGAAGGUAGCGGAGCAGGAGGAAGAGUCUGCUGGAUCUCAGACUGAGGAGGACCGGGUGAAAAACCUCAUCUCCCCUGAGAUCGGGGUGGUGUUCCUCAAUGUUCCCCACAGGUUGAAGUCCUUACAAGGAGAUCCAGGAGAGCUGCGGAGUUGUGACCAGGUGGCGCUCACUCUGCAGAAUUUACAAAGACUCUCCAUCAAACCUGAACCUCUCAGCCGGUCUAACGGACCCAGUAUAGAACCAGUUAUCUUGUUUCAAAAGAUGGGAGUGGGCCGUCUGGAGCUGUACCCACUGAAUCCAGUCACUGGGAGCAAAAACCUCGAAGCUUUAAUGCAGAUUUGGCCAAAUAACGGAUCCGAUGUUAAGGGCUCAGAUCUUCCUCUACCGUGCCUUGUUUCCAUCUGUGCUUUGCUGGUCUGGCAUCCUUCCAGUCCUCAGGAAAGAAUCGUCCGUGUCCUCUUCCCAGGGUGCACGCCGCAGACCAAAAUUCUGGAAGGACUUGAAAAACUCAAACAUCUGGAUUUCCUCAAACAUCCGGUUGUGUGUUUGAAGGACCUAGAAACAUCCAAACCUGAGAAACAACCAAAACGAGCAGAGAGUCGGGAAAGCCUUAAGUCCCAGUCUAAGGACUUCAGACCCAGUAGUGCCUCGCAGAAAGACAAGCUCGCACGAGUGGAUGUCAGAAAACAGGAGGUGAAAACGAUGCCAAAGGCAGCAGGUGACACCACACCUAAAGAAAAGAAAGAUGGGGAAGAAAAGCCCAAACUCAAGGACCCAGAUGCUAAAUCAAAGCCACCGAAACCGACUGAAAAGCUUGUUCCAAAGAAAGAUGUGUCAAAAGAAGAGAAAAAGGAAGUGAAAAAGAAAGAUGAGAAGGUCACCGCUGCUGUCGUCAAGAAAGAAGAGAGUGGCGAGAAAAAGAAAGAAACUUUAAGUACAAAAGCAAAGAAAGACAUCAAUACUGAACCAAAGAAAGACAGACAGAAGGAUGUGAAAACCACCAGACCUGUUAGAGAAGUAAAGAAAGCAACAAGUGGAGCUUCAAGUACAGAAGUAAAGAAAGCUUUUGGAAAGAGUCUAAAAAAGGAAGGGACUCUUCCAAAGAAAGACGCUUCGUCUUUAGGGACAAAAGGUAAACCAGGUUCAAAAGAGCAGGAAAACCAGAAGGAGGCAGAUCGCUCAAAGGUGUCCACACCUGAGGACAUGACGGCUGACUUUGAAAGACUUCGAUUGGAGGACAACAAUGGGAACAACUCAAAUGGGAACCAGACCUCGACAUUAGAGAGUCCAGAGACGUUUCGCUGUGUGGAGACGGGCCAGGUCUCCAAUGCAAACUCUGCCUCUCACUUUCCAGGACGUACGGCUUCCCAUCGGUUCCUUGAAGAAGAUGUUCUGUGUGUAGGUGACGACGGCGUCCUCGGGAUGAGAGGAUCCAGUCUGGGCUUUGAGGACAACAAGACCUCCGACCUGAGCUCCCUCAGGGAAGGUCUGGAAACCUCCACGUCCUCUCAGGAUAGACAGUCGGGUCUUUUGACGCUCAGUCCUUUCAAAGACAUUAUGCCGGACUCCACCGAGACCUCCAUGCCAGCUGAGGUGGGCUCUCCUCACUCUACAGAAGUUGAUGAAUCCCUGUCGGUUUCUUUGGAGCAAGCGCUGUCACCCAAAGGCCCCGUGGGAGACGGCGUCUACUCUAACGGACAUGCUGCAGACUCAGACACAGGGAUGGCCUUACCUCUGGGAUCAAACCUUAAUGGGCUUAGUGGAUCAGAGGAUCACAUCCACGGGAUGUCAGACCUCAUCUCAGACGUUCCACAUGACGUCGAUCUCUGCUUAGUGUCGCCUUGUGAGUUCCAGCACCCCAAGACUCCAGAUAACCAUCAGCAGCACGUGAGCCCGGGCCUUGCCGCCGACUCCCCCGACCGCUCUGACAACAACAACCACUCACAGGAUCAAAGCAGCAGCGACUGCCCUUCGCUCUACAGCCAGGAAACUCCUCCCACAUCGGUUAGCGACUCCGUCCCGACCACCAUGGACUCUGACAUGCCCCCCUGUACAGAGGAAUGUCCGUCCAUCACCGCAGAGAUGGACUCUGAUGAGGAUUCCAGUAGCCUUUUCCCGCCCAGUCAUCCACAAGAUCAUCCCAGUCCUCACUACUCCCACAGGGGAGGGCAUGACCCCCCAACGGCCCCGGUCAAAGAUUUGCCCCCCUUACCCCCGCAGCCUGGAGCCUGCAUGGCCGACUCGGAGGCUAGCAAGAACCUGAAGAGUUCAGCUGCCAAAACCAAGAAACCCACCGCGAAGACGCUGAAAGCCACCUCCGGAAGUACCACUGCCCAGACCGGGAAGUCCAAGGCCGGCAGCCCGAUGGGGUCCCUUAAGACGACCUCCAGCCUCGACACGAAGCCAUCGUCCAGAAACUCACUUGGAGGCUCCAGAGUUGGUCCUGUGAAACCUUCAUCCUCAGCUUCCAAAGCUGCAGGUUCUCUAGGUUCCUCAGGUUCUGCGGUCUAUGUGGACCUGGCCUACCUCCCGUCUGGCUGUUCCUCUUCGACCGUGGACCUGGACCUGUUCAGACGUCUUCGCUCCUCGUAUUACAUCAUCAGCGGAGACGAUCCGGUGAAGGAGGUGGCGAUGAGGAGCAUCUUGGACGCCCUGCUGGACGGGAAGAGCAGCUGGCCAGAGGUCCAGGUCCGUGAAAACACACAGUGACAUUUGUUUGCUUCACUUCCUCAUGACCUGUGUGGUGGAAAAAAUUCCUAUACCUGCUUUGCGUGUCUUUUCAUGCUGAAAUACAAAAUACCAAAAACCAGGUUGUCUUGUAAGUAUUUAU